AUGAAGCUGAUUUUCUUCUUGGUCCCACUUUUUGGUUCAUUGGUUGCUUCGCCAGUGUGGCAUCGAGAGCUAGGCCCCCCGUCUCAUGACGAAGAUUAUGGAAGCGUUUGGGCAGCUUACCCACUUCCUGACGAGGAUUAUGGAGAACUUCCCGAUAGCUGGGUACCUCACCACGAGUUGGAUGACAUCCCAGAUUUUACAUGUAACUGGGGACGCCUGCAUCCCGGGUUCCAUUAUCAUCAAGAGGAACAGGCUGCACACGAGAAAACUGUGCUUCCCCCUAUAGAAUCCUACCCAGAGCCCCACGAAGAUGUUCCCAAUCACAAUGGAAGUAACGAAGAUGAGCAGUUCGGAAAGGAAUACCCCGCUUCCCACGCUGAUCCGCUCUCUUGUUGA